AGCGACAAAUCACAUUCGGUUCACACCGUCUAUCUCACUUAUCCACUGCAAUGGCACGGAUAUAGACGAAUGAUGCUUGACGAUGUGCGAGAGAUACAACGUUUUCCCACUUUCGUUCUCUCGUUUUCUCGAUUGUUCUCUCGCUCACUCGCUCCCUUAUGCUGUGCUGUAUACACACUGUCACGUUGUCACAUCAAGCCUCAGUCUGUGUGUACUGUACAUUCGCUCGUGGUUCAAGGGAAUGUUUGCACAAACACCAAUGCAAACUCGUUCGGCUCUGGCCGCUUAUAUACUAAAUAGAAUGCUGUGUUUGUGUGUAGAAUCGCAUUUGACAUUUGCAUAAACAAAGCAAUGCCGCACACUUUUUUGUCACAUUCCAUUGUUGCGAGUGACAUUAGCAUUUUAGCCUUUUUUAAUCUGAUUUGAAUGGAAAUUUUUAAUAAAAUUUUCACUCAUAUGUUCAACUAGUGGAUUUUUGUGCCUAUUUGAUCGGUUUUUCGAGUGAAUAAACGAAGAGUUCGCAGAUUUUUGGUCAAAUUUUCGAUAUUUUCCAUCGAUUUGGAGAAAAAGAAUUUGAUUAUCGCUAGAAGGCAUCAUCAAUUCGUUCAUUUUGGUAAACAGUCCGAUUUUUCAGUAUCGCCAUUCAAUUCUACUUGAAACAAGAUGAAUACGGACAAGUGGAAACGUGAAUUGGAUACACUUAUGAGCCAAAUUGAGGAGCAUUCGAUGGCAACAUUGUGGCGAAUCAAGAGACAAUGCAAUCGUUCUGGUUUACCCGUUGACAAAAGUUUUCGGAAAAUCUUCCUUCGUGCAACCAACGAACGGAUUGCCGAAACGUUUGAUCGAUUGGAGAGCCAACCAUCGUCCAGCGGAUCGAAUAAAGGCGGACACAGAAUGAUCAGACGCUCACGAAGUAAGUUCAGAAUGAGUAGGCGUUCUCAAAGUAAAACCGGAACGAAUAGACGCUCCCGAAGCAAAUCGAGGAGAUCGCCCAGAAAAUCGGUUGUGAAUUCAUCAAUGCGUUUGCCGUUAGUUCAAUCCAGCUCGAAGCCGAGUACAAGCCAGUCAAGAGAUAGGCAAUUUUCCAGAGGAAAAUCAGUGCAAAGCUCGAUCAAAAAGAGGCCAGCAGAUAGUAGCAGCUCACGGAAGCGGACUGAGACCCAGUUACAUUCGACGGGAUCGAAUGGAAUCACCAGAGCGGGUAGAGAGGUUAAAACGGAAGUCGGCACAAAACUCCAUUCGGAUUCCAUGAAAUUCGGUUGUCUCCACUGCUUGAAAUCGAAAGAGAUCAACGAUUUCUACUCUGACGACAUUGAUUUGGUCUACGGUCAUUGGUUGUCAGCUCACACCGAUCUGCCCAAAGCGGAGCCGUUUCAAUUCUAUGUGACCCAGUUGGUGGCUUGUCACUACUGCGACGUGGUUGGAUCUUUCUCUGAGGUGAUCGAACAUCAACAGAAGGUUCAUCCAACGAAUGUUCUAAUCAUUGCAAAUCAAUCGAAUCGAGAACAAUGUGCUCUUUGCAAUCGAGUCGGAGAAUUGGAUGAUCAUUUCGAACGUGCACACAAGGUCAUUCUAUCGAAACAUUCUUUGAAUCCAUUCCGAGUGACGGAUGACAUUUUGAAAGAGGUUCUCAGCAUUGGAAUUCACAAAAAGUGUCAAUGUGGUCAUUGCAAAACGAUUUUUGACACGUUCCAUGAGCUUGAGCAUCAUAAUUCUAUGGAGCAUUCUGACUUGGUGAUCAUUUCCAAUGAGGUAGUCGACAAGAAGAGGGUAAACAUACAUUGCGAGGAAUGCAAUGUGAUGGCCGAUCAAGAGGAAUAUUUCAAGCAUUUAGAAGAGCAUUCAUUCCAAUUCAAGUGUAGCGAAUGUCGUUUUCAAACGAACGUCUUGGUCGAACUCAUGGCUCAUGAUGCACGGGCCCAUAAGAGCAAGGUGGUCAAGGUUCGAAGUGAAGAAUUCACAAACCAUUUGAAGGAUGUUCAUUCGAAAUCGAAGAUGAUCUUUAGCAACGGUUUGGUUCUGUCGAUUUUCAAUUUGAAGGGCACCAAAUACGAUAAUAGCUCCAAAUUUGCACAAGUGCUGAAGACAUUAGAAGAACGUGUGGAUGGUUUAGUACGGAAAAGAACUGAGACUGUGUCAAGAGACAUGGUUCAUGGCAAAGACAAUGAUCGAAGUGUUGAAAAUGGCAGAAACAAGGAGGAGAGUUCAGACAGUGGGAGUUCAGACAGUGACACGGAUACGGAUACGGAUACCGAUUCCGAUACAUUUUCCAUGUCAUCGGACACAUCCACAUCAACAUCGCUAUCAUUAUCAUCAUCGGAUUCGUCAAUCGCAUCACACACGCCAUUGUCCAAGUCAGAACUUCAGGCAGAAUUGCGGAAACAAAACGAAUUGGUCAACAAUUUAUCGAUCACCGGCAUUCCAUGCCUACGCAAUGAAAAUUUACUCCGGAUUUUCGACCGAAUUUGCAUGAGAAUCAACGCACCCGUGACGCAGAGAGAUGUUCUGAAGAUAUUUCGAACGUCGGGUCCGAAUCAACCAAUUAUCGUGAAACUGAAGACAUGGACGGCCAAGGCCAACAUAAAACGUAGUUUCAAGCACAAGGAUUUGUGGUCGUCAGAAAUCGUUUCGUUGCCAGAACGGAUGACAUCGACCAGGCUAUUCGUCAAUUUGCACACAACACGAUUCUAUGGGAAAAUGGCACAAAUCGCCAAGUAUUACAAGAAAACCGGCAUCAUUACGUCGUAUUACUUGUGCGAGAAUGGUCUGCUGGUGAGAAGCCAGGACGAUGACAAGGAUCAUCAGAUUCUGUCGAAGCAAGAGCUACUGGACUGGAUCAGAGACGUCAAGGAUAGGCAAUUCAAGAGGAACCGGAAACGAGACAUAAGGUCUCGCAGCGAAUUUGAUACAAGAAGAUCCAAAUAUCGCCGAUCCAAUUGAUCAAUUCAACAGCAGAAGGAAAUUAUAACAAAAUAUAUCAUUUUUACACACAAAAUAACUCUUUCCAACAGAUUUUUAUGAAGGGAAUUUUUUUUAUCAAACUGAUAUUUUUCAAGAAUGAUUUUUUAUUUUACUGAAAAAUGGAAAAUUUCAUAUAUUUGGUUAAAAAAAUUGGAUAAAUUCCAUUAAAGAAAUUAUUGAAAAUGAAAAAUUAAUGGAAAACAAAUUAAAACAGCCUUACUUCUAGCCUAAAAUUAGAUUUCAAAUCUAUGCUUUUCCGCAAAUAUUUUUUCUAAGAAAACUGGUUCAAUAUUGGCCACUAAUCGGCUUAAUUUGAAAACAAUUCUGUCAAAUUUUUUUACGAAUAUCAAUUCACCCAAUUAUUGUAUGGUUUGAUAGAGCAGGCGUCGGUCAAUUUAUUUUGGGGAAAAAAAAUUCUUGAAAUAAAAAAAAUUGAAAAUAAAAAGUAAUAAAUUUGAAUAAAACAAAACAUUCAUUACUCCAAAAACAAA